GGAGCUUCUCCCUAGGGAACUGCAAGGAGGCGUCUUUCUCUUCAGGUCAGCGGGGUCAGCCUACGUCAGAGCCAUGGCUCCAAAGUCUCCACGAAAAAAGAAGGCUGGUGUCAAAAAAAAGACGACAGACCUUAUCGAAAAUAAGGAUCUAUUACCUGUUGUUGAAGAAGUGGAACCUGUAAAUAUGGAGAGCAUGGGUCAUCCAGAAAUUUAUCCUUUAGUGUUAACUACCAAGACCCAAGAAAUAUUCAAGUGCCGAGUAGAUGAAGAUAUGACAGAAGAACGCCCUUAUAAACUUAUCAAAAAACAGGAUAUUUUGGCAGAUUUUCACAACAGAGCUGCAGUAUCUGAUUUCUACCCAGUCAAAAAAGUUAUCCAGGAGUAUCCUGGAGAUGAAAUUCUGGUUGUUUAUGACAGAGACUUCAAAUAUGGACUUAACUUUUAUGUUAUUGGAACGGAAGAGGGCAAGGAAAACUAUUUCAAUCUCUCAGAAGUUCCAGAAGAACAGGAAGAACAUAAAGAACUUAAAGAUUAUGUUCCUGAAGAGAUAUAUAUUUAUAAGCCACCCCUCUCCAAACCAUGGGUUUCUUUGGGCAGUGAAAAGGAAAUUGAGGAAGAAUCAGUUAAGGGAUCUACAAAGCAGAUUACAUACAUGAUUUCUCGGAAACAAAGUGAAUUUGGUGCACCAAUUAAGUUCAGUGACCACAAUGUUUCCAGUGUAAAAGAUGCCUAUAUUGAAUGUACAGCCUACCCAGAUAAACAUUUUGCUAUUAAGCAACUUGAGAAAGAUGUUGGCCUGCAAGUAGUCCCCCAAGUCAAGGACUCAAGCACUCAGACAAGAUGGACAUAUCCCAAGAACGCUACCACACAAUAUUACCCGAGAGAACUCUUAGAAAAGGAAAAAGAGGCACUCGGACAAUCCAAGGGUUUGGCUGAUUUUCUCAACAACAUGUCCAUAAGUGUUGAAAUAGCCCUACAACAAAAUGAAAUCACAAACACAUUCAUUGAUGACUGGAAAAACCUAGCAGAAGAAGAGAGCACCUUUGGGGACAAGACCAAUACCCACCUGAAGGAGUACCAGUCCUUUACCGACCUUCACACCCUAACAGAGAAAAUGAUCACCUGUGUCUCGUGGCAUCCGGAUAUCUAUGGGCUGAUAGCUGUGUCAGUGGCCGUGCGACUCUCCUUGGAAGACAGAGUUCACUUUUCUGGUAAAUUAUUGCUGCAGCCGUCCCUGAUUCUUUUCUGGAGUUUCUCCGAUCCCAUACAUCCUCAGUUAAUGCUUGAGAGCCCAGAUGACAUUUUCUGCUUCAAGUUCUGUCCGAGUGACCCUAAUAUUAUUGCUGGAGGCUGCCUAAAUGGGCAGAUCGUCAUGUGGGACAUCACCGCGCAGGCCGAGCGCAUAGAGCACAUCAAGACCGGCAGCAGCAGAAACAAAAAAGCCACGCUCAAGCCCAUGUUUCUCCUUGAACCAGACUAUAAUAAAGAAGCAAUGUAUAUCAGACACUGUGCAGUCUCCUCCAUAGAAAGUGGACAUAAGAAAGUAAUUACAGAUAUACACUGGCUGUCGGACACAUUUGAGAUUAACAGAAUGGGCUCCGUCUUUGAGAAUCGAAGUGGGAUAUGCUGUCAACUUGUCACCUGCUCGGGAGAUUGCACAAUAUGCUUUUGGGAUAUCAGACAACAGAAAUACGCAACCACUCAACCAACAGAGAAAAAAAAAGAGGAAAAUAUUGAAGUUCCUAGUGACAUACCACCUACUUUUUUGCAUCUAGAUCUCUCCUGGAAACCUCUCUCUAAGCUAAGACUGUCUAAAGGUGAAACAAGUUUAGACCACUGUCCAACCAAGUUAAGUCUGAAUAAAGACCAUCUCUUUGAAAAAACACAAGGUAACUCGUUAGCUCAGAACAUGGUUGUAAAGGCUGGAGACAUGAACCCGUACCAGAACCUGGAGAGUGGGUUGGCCAAUAUGCUCAAGCCAGUAGAUGACUUCUGCACGAAGUUCUUUGUGGGAACAGAGGAAGGUGAAGUGUUAUACGCAGAUUGGAAAAUGGAAAGAGACUCUGAAACUGGCCGACUGAUGACAAAGAAGCCAGUGAGCCUCAGCACCGUCCAUGAUGGUGCCGUCCACACUGUUCAGAGGUCACCUUUUUACAAGGACAUCAUCCUCACCGUAGGGGGAUGGAACGUGGCCAUCUGGAAGGAAGGUGUCAUGACCGGACCCCUCCUUCAGUCAUCCUGUGCUCCAAAAAGGUACACCUCGGGGCACUGGUCUCUGACAAGGCCCGGCGUCUUCUAUAUUGGCCGAGAAGAUGGAUACGUCGACAUCUGGGACCUUCUGGAGAAAACCCAUGAACCAGCCCAGUCACAAAACAUCUGCAUAACUAUGAUCACCUACAUCAAACCCCAGACCUUUUCUGCUAAGCAGCAAUUCUUAGCCGUAGCUGAUUAUUAUGGGACACUGCAUAUAUUAGAAAUUCCUUGGACGUUAAGUCACCCUUCCCUCAAUGAGGUAUCAAGCAUAAGCCACUACUUUGAAAGAGAAGUCAAGCACCUGGAAUAUGUGGAACAGCGCAAGAAAAUCCGUGAGCAAGAAAAGGAAGAGAGGGAGCUGGAGAUGGAGAAGAAAAAAGUUAAAACGUAUCACAAGGGAAAAGAACAAUUGGAGGCUGAAUUGAAAAUGGACUACGAGACUUAUUUGGACCUGGAGAAGGCCGUCCUCAUCAAGCUGGGCCUGAUCAAACCGCAGGACACGAUGCCAUUCAUGGAGAUGAUGUAGAAAGCUUCCUGGGGGGGUGUCUCGGGGGCUUCCUGAGGCUUUCUUUUCUUUCUACUCCUUAUUUUAAUGUAAGGUGAACUAUGAAACUAAACAUUAAAUAGGUUAUUUAUAAAUGGUGGGCUUUUAUUUCAUUGCUAUUAAAACUUUUGAAUUAUAA